GUAGGCAUGUUGAACCAUGUGAAUACCGACAUUGCCGUCGACGUCUUCGAGGUGCUCAGUGAGCUCACCGAUCCGGACGCCAUCGCCGACGUGGAGGAGCCGGAGGUGUUUCUGAAGGCCCUCUUCGAAGCGCAGCUCUGUCAGAUGACCGUGGACGUUCUCAUGCGCAUUGACGAGACCGCCAGCGACGAGGACUUCAAGGCCGUGACCAACGGCCUCAGCAUGAUUGAGAACCUAGCGGACUCGAUGCCGCAGGAGACGUGCAAGCAGUUCCUGGAGAUCCCGAACUUCUUGCCAUGGCUCAUCAAGCGCGUGCGGGCCCAGGGCGCCAUGGACUACAACAAGGUCUACGCCUCGGAGAUCUUGGGCAUCGUUCUGCAGAAUUCGGAGCCUGCGAGGGACUCGAUGGUGAAGCUCGAGGGGGUCGACAAGCUGCUGCGUGGCAUCGCUGCGUACCGGAAGCGCGAUCCGGCGGACAGCGAGGAGUCGGAGUAUGUGCAGAACAUGUUCGACUGCCUCUGCUCUCUGAUGCUGCUGAAAGCCAACCAGUUGGCCUUCGGACGUCUCCAGGGGUUGGAGCUGAUGAUCCGCAUGAUGAAGGAGCGCGUUUUCGCCUCCAACCUGGCGCUGAAGCUGGCUGACCAUGCGCUGAGGCAUUGCCCCGAGAACUGCCAGGAUGUUUUACGGUGUCUUGGCUUUGAAACAGGAGCCAAGACCAAAAAGGAGUCGGAGGCAAAAGAGCUGGAGGAGCAUGUGACCUCCAUCGUCCAGUCGCUCUGCAGAUACUGCACAGGGACGCCUGUAGCCCGCGUGCUGAACAAGUUCGUCGAGAACCAGUUCGAGAAGCUGGAGCGACUGCUGGAGAUGCACGAGGAGUACAACCGCUCAGUCAAGGCCGCAGAUGAGGCCCGAGACCAGGGCCUCGCGCAGAAGAUCGACCGAGAGCUGGAAGUAAACGACGAGGAGCAGCUCUUUCUGGAUCGCUGCGAUGCCGGUCUCUUCACUCUGCAGCAGGUGGACUUGAUCCUGGUCCGACUGGUGAACAUGGGAAAUCGGCAGGCCAGUGAGGAGAUCGGCAAAUUGAUGGAUGCCAAGGGAGUGAAGCUCAGCGAGGUCCGCGAUGUCCUCGGGGAGUAUUGCAAGAACCUUGGAAAGGCCGCUCAGGACGAGAGAAAAGAGGUGAUGUCCUACCUCCGUGCAAUGAUGACCAGGCCCUGGGCUCUUCCCGGGGUUCCUCCCUCCCUCCUUGACUUGGCCGUUGCCCACGCAGACAAGCGGAACGAUGACACUGAGCUCCGGAUCUGGCAGCUUGGGCCAAUAGUGAAGCAGCAUGAGGGGCAGCCAUCGCGCGAGCAGAUCCAGGUUUUCAUCACAUCGAAGGCAGCGGCAGUGAUCUUUUGGGUCCUUACCAUUGCGCACUGUGCCAUCUACAUGCUGGGGCCCGGGAUGUUCCGGCAGCUCCUCAAUUUCGUGAUCUGGGCCCGCUGGCUGAUCUCGACACGUCUUGUUGUUUUGAUCGAGGAUUUGCUUCGAGAAGUUUGGGUGACCGGCGGCCCCCUGGCGAUCAUGACUGUCACGGAGGUGGCGGUCCGAGUCUCCGCACAGGGUGGCCCCCUGUGGAGGUGGCGAUCUUGGCGGAAGGUGAUGAUACCACUGUAUCACCAGCUGGAGGCCCUCGUGCUUGGCCUGAUGGCCUACCGCGGCGGGAUGAGCAUCUAUCUCCUUAAAGUUGCGCUUGAGGCCCAAGGCGACCUCCCGGCCAUGGUGUCGGAUCAGGACAAGGCCACCGUCCUCGUGCUCUGCGCCUAUCGCGCGCUGCGCACGUACGGGGACUUGCACGGCGUCUCUGUGCAUCAGACGCUUCAGCAAAGGCGGCUGAGGGCGAAGCUGAAUAAGCUGUGGAUGGAUGAGUAUCAACAAAAGCUGCAAGAGCACCGAGCGCGGCUGGUAGUGAAACUCCAGCGCAUGGUGGACAGGAAGGUCCCUCAGCUGCUCUUCCUGCUGGCUUCCUUACUCUACUGCGGGGCGGAGGUAUUCGACUUUGUGCGCACGUCCCAAGUUCUGGGCUACGUGCUCCUGGUGGCCUUCGGUUGCGAGUUCCUCAUAAGGACAAAGGCCCAGGGUGGAGAGAUCUUCUUCCGGCCUCUCUUUAACAAGCUGGAGUUCUUUGUGCUUACAGCUGGCACCUGGUGCCUCUUCUACGCCUCCUGGUACACCCAAUACUUGGCCUCCUCCAAAGCUGAAGCAACGGCCGUGGCCGCCGCCACGGCUGCCCUUCUGCUGCUCCACCGCUGCAUUCGGCUUCUGGGAAUCCAGCUCAAGGUCUCUGCGAGCGAAUUCGACGCGGACAGCGUGAUGAGUGCCAAGGCGAUGCAAAUCUUCAUGGCGAAGUUUGGCACCUUGGUGGACGUCCCGCCGACGAAUGUCAAGGUAGACCUACCCGGCUCCAUGAUCCACAUUCAGAAGGCGAGCCUGAAGCCGGAGGCUUUUGCGCAGCUGCAUUUGCCGGUGACCGUUACCGGCGGCCUCAUUGAGGACCUCUUCAUCGACUUCUUCAGUUCCGACACGACGAAGGACCUUGGCCGGCCUCUGACCUUCGCCCCCCGAGUCCGGGGUCGUACGAAGAUCCGGAUCAAGAACAUGCUCCUGCUCUUCGGACCCGGCCCUGGCCUCGCGGAGGCGGGCGAAGGGGAGCCGGGCAGCUACUGGCAGUAUGACAGCGUGCGGGCAGCGAAGAGCCGGGUGAUCGACCUCAUCUGCCAGCGGCUCACCGUUCCCUUCCCCACGGCGGCAGACCCAGCGGUGGUCUCGGCCGACUCCUUGGGCUCGAGGCCGCGGAAGACUUUCCGACAGAUGGGCCAGAACCUCAUCAAAGGUGCUCGUUACAAAGUCGGCACGGCUGUGGCGCAGGGGUUCCGUCGGCUGCGGAUGGCGCUGCAAGACAGCUCUGUACGCCACGUGGACAUGAAUGUGCACAAUGUCAUGGUGCAGUUCGAAGAUCAUGAGGGCCUGCUUGGCCACGGCUGCCUGACCCUCGGAUUCAAGGUGGAUUGCGUGAAGCUGCAUCGGCACCAGGGUCGCCACUUCAGCGCGCAGAUGACUCGCUGGUCGGUCUACGCCGAGCCCUACGCAGCCGCGGAUGCGAGCAGGCGAUCCUCCAUGUCUGGAUGGAAGCCCAACCGGACUGUGAAGAAGAUGGUCCGGUUGACCUGCGCCGAGCGGUUUCGCUCCUGGGCCUUUGCGAAGAUGGAGGACGAUCAUCCACCGGAUCCGCUUGCGCUGAUGAAGCGCAUUGAGCGCUUCCCCGAGAGGCACAACAUCCUCACGGUGCAGCAGGUGGUGGUGCGUGGAAGCCCAGCAGAAACCCACCAAGCAGAGGAGCCCAUCAAGAAGCCCUCCACUGAGAGCCGGCUCUUGGCACCCCUCCGGGCCGUCUUGCGCAAGGACGAUCCUUCAGCGUCGGCCUCCCGAGCGGUGGACAUCGAGAGCCAACUCUUCGGCUCGGAUUCCUCGCAGGCGGAUGCCUGGGAGUGGACGAUUAAAGUGCGGCCCAUGCGUGUCAUUGUCGACGACAUGCAGUUUCGCUGCCUCAGGUAUGUACGCCGCUGCGUCGCUAACUGGUGGGCAUGGGAUACGGCCUUCCAGUGGUAUCCGGACUUGCGGCCCUGUGACCCAGAGGUUCGGCGCGCCUCGCCGGCGGAGAGAAGCGUGGUUGUACGCUUUUGGUGGGUCUAUGCCGCCCAUCGUGCCCUCGUGUCCUUGGGCCGGCGUCCGAACUUCAUCUACCUGAACCUGGUGCGUAAGGCCAGCUACCGCCACAAGCACCGCAGCCUCAUCACCGAAGUCCUUGAACGGUCGAGGCCGCUGAUCCCCGGGGCACGCUUAGCGCUGAAGGCUUCGGCGCACCAGCGGCAGCAGCUGUCAGAGCUGCAGAUCCACCUGCCCUAUCCGGACAUCCUCACGUGCUUUAGGGAGGAGCUGGGGAAGUGCGCGAUGCGAGGAUGGGCAGCCCGGCCAACAGCUAUGGCUACAAGGGACGGGCCCUUGCCCGAAAGGGACGAGGAGCUGGACUCCGUGGUAGAGGAUUCCGACUCCGAUGUCUCAGAGGGUUCUGUGCCUGGUGACCUCUCAGGCGACGAGGACCAGCCGGAGGCAGAGCCGAGCCUGGGCGGCCACUGGGAGCUGAGGUGGACCGCUCUGGAAGUCUUCGUCCUGGGCUGGAGAUCGAACGUGUCCCGGCCCAUCCUUCUCCACAGCAAGCUGCGGGAGAUCUGUCUCGAAGCGGAUGUUCGCAACCAG